AGCUCUCGAGCUCAGUCGUGUCCGGAGAGUUGUUGGAUGUUGGUGGUCGCUUUAACCAGGAGUCAAGAUAAGGAUCAGUAUCAGGAAUAAUCUUAGUACUAACUAGUUGAUCUUCUGUGAGAGAGCAAAAAAAAGGCAUACGGUGUGGUUCGCCCUGCUGGGCAUAUUGCCGCCGUUCGUCCUUCACCUGUUGCAGGGCCUGCAGUCUAUUGAACACGAUGAAGAAGCAACUGGUAGUGAAUGGUGAAAAAUCAAGUGGUGAAAAAGUGAAUUUUUCCUGACACACAUCCGCGCUUGCAUUGUGCAGACCGUAUCGUGAAACGCAUCUGGCUGGAAAGUGAGAAGGUAGAUUUCCUCAAAAGAAACGAUGUUGGUUGGGAGGGGAAAUACUUUCUGGAGGAAAACGAUACUUGACGAAAAUGCUGUGGAAACGGAUGGCAUGACGAAGGGAAACGAGUUCUGGAGUGCUUCCCAGAGUGAACAAUUCUGUAGGCUUCAGGCGUAGCAAAACUUUGUGCCAUACUGGGGCUACGAGGGAACGUAGGAAAGGAUAGAGGUUUACGCUACGAAGGAUACACUUCUGAAUUGGCACACUUUAGCAUUAAUCUAGUUACGGUUAGAAGAUAUGUGUGCGAAUAAAUCAAACGUGAAUGGGACGAAUUCGUAUUUUUGACCCGUUGAAUGAGGUACAGCUGAAAAAGUUUAUUUAAAGUUGCUGCAGCGUUGUUUCAUUAGCAGUGUGAUCUCUCUUGAUUUUAUAAUGACUUACCAAUCGGAAAACAUUACCGAAAUGAGUAUCAACUUGAGAUUGAACGUUGGUAAAAGUGUGCCCACAGUAUAGAGGGGACAGGCCGUGAUUCAUACGCAAACAGGAAGCAGCCUUCAGCGGAAGAGGUUUUGCACCCAAACGACCACCACCCAACCGACGGUCCUGAAAACCGUUUGUCAAGCAGUUCUGAGAGACGAAUUCGGAGGCGCCACAGAGCAACCGUCGAGUUGAAGCAAAAUUUCGGGAAACUGAAAGCUGAACAACCGCUGCCAAGUAAAAGAGAGAAAAAGAGAGAAAGAGAGUGAAGCGGAGCGGAAACAAAGCUCUAAAAUCGAGAGAGAGAGAGAGAAAGCGAAAUAAAACCUGCACACGCACUAGCGUGCACACACUAUUUAGGGGGUCCUAGUUUGCAAUUAACAAAUCCCGUUUCGGCCUAGACCCGUUGUCGUGGGGCACUCCGGUUCACCUAUCGUGUGGCUCGGAACUGCAUCCGAACUGCAGCCGUAGAACAUGAACCAUGGCAAAACUGCGUCAUUACAGUGAAGUUCUGGAUUGCAUUGUUUCCGGGUUUAAGUGCCGUCUCUAGUUGCAUCCUUUGUUCAAAACACUACCAAACAAACCCAAAAAAAAAAAAACAGCAGAGUCUUGAACAGUGACUACAGAUUGGUCGACUUUCACUACAUUGAAAUACAUUAAAGCUCACCUAAGCCAAUCCAGUUCAAAGUUAACCCUCUGCAGUCUGUAAAGGACCAUGACGGCAAUAUGCUUCGUCUGCAAUCUGCCUAUAAUGUCUCACCAAGUGGGACUGGUCUGGCAGGGAGGCAAUGGCUGGGACGAUCUCGUCCGAGAGCAGGUCGAAGAAUCCACCGUUCGACAGCGGCUUGGCGGACGCAGGGACUCGGCAGCUCAGAUCAGCGGUGCGUCACCUCCUAGUACUUCUCCACCGCCUGGGGCCCAACGCCGUCGCCGCAGUUCACUUGCCCAGCUGACCGAUAUUCUGCGCGAAUGGAGCGGUGGUGGUUCGAAACGUCAGAAAGCGCCGCUCAAUCGGCGCGAGACACUAGCGGAUCUUGCUCGAAGCUUGCCGUGGAGCAAAGCAAAUACCGGUGAUAAUAAUACCACCAUCACCGGUCACGCUCCUCCGUUGCGUAAAAGACGCGAGUCGAGUGCCGAUUCCGGCGUAAAAAGUUUAUCCUAUCGGAAGGAUUCUUACGUGUCGGACUUUCGAGAGUACCGAGAGCGCGAGAGGGAACGCGAUCGCGAGCAAGAGCGUCAGCGUGAGCGAGAACGCGAACGAGAGCGUGAGCGGGAACGUGAGCGUGAACGCGAACGGGAACGCGAACGAGAACGAGAGCGAGAUCGUGAGGAAUAUACUGGCGCCGAUGGAUAUCGAAAUGGCUCUCGUCGCAAUUCGAAUGAUUCGAACCGGGACCGUUCUUCCCGCCGGGACUCCAUGAUCGGAGGAUCUGCUACACCACCGCCCCCGAAAGUUGUAGGAGUGCAACGUAAACCGCAAGGCCGCAAAGAUUCGCUAGUAGUGAUGGAGAUGCCCAACUUUCGGCAAGAGCAGCGCCCCUCCACCAGUUCUACGGCUUCCGACUCCGGUCCCCUAUACGUAGCGAUCGCCCAAAUGGAUUCCGCCUGUCAGUCCAUCAUGCCCCCGACCAUUAUAAUGAGCUCAGUAACGCCCCCGGCCACCAGUCCCACCGCACAGAAGGGUCGUCGCGAUUCGACGACCCAGUGCGGCACGAAAAUUUCCCGACGUGAUUCCCGUGUAAGUCCUGAACGUGCCCAGCGGCUUUUGAAGCUGCAAAGACAAGCCACUGCUUACGAUGAAAGCUGCUUACCGCCCGGCGGUUGGAGCCGUCGCAGCUCCCAGCCAGCACUCAGUCCGGACGGGGAAGGUCCCGAAAGGCAGGCAAGACGGGAUAGCCUCAGUCCGGACAGUGCAUCAAGAGGCCGGCGGGACUCUCGUACGCACCUGUCACCGGAUCGGAGUCACGAACGCGAGGGCAGCCCGCGCCGCAGCCGUCGUUUGCGAAGACAAUCAUCAUCAGCUGCUCGACAGCCCCGUUCGCCGGAAUCGAGCAGUUGCUGCUCAUCAAGGGAUGCAAGCCCAUGCGCACGGCCACCACCACUGCCAACGGAGAGUACGGCGCGUCCGUCCAUGCGUCGCCAGUCGACGACCGAGGAAAUCCUGAUAGCACGUGGCUUUCGUCGCCAGAGUACCACCGAGGAGAUGAUACGCUGUCGGAACUUUCGCCGCCAAAGCUCGCAGAGUGAUGACACCUGUCGCUACCGCGGCCGGCGGGAUUCGUGCGCCCAGAUCAUCGACGGUACCGUCAGCACCAUGACAGUGGAAACUACUAGUACGUUUUUUGAUUCUAGUACUCAAACAGAACCAUCCCCGCUCUACGAAAACAACCACUAUCACGAGGAAUGCUUGAGGUGCAAUUCAUGUGGUCUCAACUUAACCGGUCCCAAUCAGAAGAGAGCCAGACGUUUCAAGAAUCAAAUCUUGUGCGAUCUUCACUUCGCGGACGUCGCCCUGAUGGAGUGUUCGGAUUUUAUGCAGCAGCUGCGCAGCUUUAAGCCCCAGUCUCUCGGAUGUGCUGUGGCCCGGCGGAAAAGUUCCACCACUCUGAUUUUCCCGCUGCCACCGCAGGCAUGCUCAGACGAAUUCUGCGAGGAUUUUCCGCACAACUUGAUUCCUACGCCCGGUUAUUGGAUCGAAUGUUCCCGCCAGAAGAUUGCCUUCCCGAACCAGCACACCAUUUGGGACGAUAGCGAGUCGGAGCACGAGGAUGCCGCCCGAGGUGGCAUCGAGCCACCGCUGGAGCGGAACUGCAACGAUCUCUACGAAGACGAUGAAGAUUCGGACAACGUGCCAAGUCAGCGUUUCCGCAGAAAAAAGACAGCGAUCGAGGAGCAGUGGGAGCAGCAGCAAGGUUUCGAGCUUACCUCCGUCGAGCAGGAAACGUACGAGAAGUACUUUUACGGGACCGAACACUGGAACUACUUCACCAACGACGAGGACCUCGGUCCGGUCAUCCUCUCGAUCAAGCAGGAAACGAUCAACGGACGCGAUCAAUUUCGGAUAUUAGUUAGAGCUAUAUCGUACACCGUACAUGGACUGAUACCAGCCUCCUGUGUUUUUGCUGAUAGGUAUAAUAGAGAAGAAGUAGUUAGAUCGUUAGGUAAGGAAGUAAACUUAAAUCCACCUUUAACGUUAGGACAAUUGCCAGAUACCCCGGAAGAACUUCUCAAACUGGAUCAGGUUUUCAUAAAAUCUGAACUGAAGGUGGGCGUCAUCUACGUGAAGGAGGGUCAAUAUACAGAAGAACAAAUUUUAGACAAUAAUGAAAAUUCACCGUUAUUUGAGGAAUUUUUACAGCUACUAGGUGAUAAAGUUAGAUUACGUGGUUUUGAUAAAUACAAAGGCGGCCUUGACACUGUUCACGAUUUAACAGGACUUUACUCCGUUUAUACAAACUGGCGUUCGAUAGAGAUUAUGUUUCACGUUUCUACGCAGCUGCCGUACGAGCGGCACGAUCCGCAGAAGCUGCAGCGAAAGCGCCACAUUGGCAACGACAUUGUCUGCGUUGUCUUCCUAGAGGCGGACAAUACCGCCUUCAGUCCGGCGUGCAUCAAGAGCCAUUUUUUACAUACGUUUAUUCUGGUACGUGUAUCAGCUCGAAUCAAACGGAAACCGACCCGCUACGAGGUGUCGGUGGUUACGAGGGACGAAGUUGGUGCCUACAAACCGUAUCUUUGGGAGCAAUCGGUGUUCGAGAAGGGUCCGAUGUUCAGGGAAUGGCUGCUGACGAAGAUCGUGAACGGCGAGCGGGCGUCCUAUUCGGCGCCAAAGUUCGCCCGGAUGCAGGAACGCACCCGUUCGCAGAUGCUCGAGGACAUCGUGGCCAACCUGGCCAACCACGCCGAAACCGGACAGAUCCCCAAACCAUACCGACGGGGUUCGUGGAGACCCAUCGGUGAGGAUCCUUGCAUGUUACGAGUGACAGUUAGUUGCUGUAUGCGCCUCUAUGUAACGCAUAGACACAUGAGGCCUUCUUCACCGCUGCUAGAUUCGGUUAGAGAUCAGUUCGAGGACUACGAUCAAUUAGCGAAGGAUUUUACCCGCGUAUUUUUAAACUCAGAACCGUCGUGUCUUCAGAACGCACAGCUGUUCGAUGUGGUGUUCCUAGUCGGACAACAGUCAAAGCAACGCGCCCGUUUCAUCGGCGUUCGCGCCAUCCUCGGUGUGCGUAGUCGAGUCUUUCAGGAAAUGCUGUACGGCAUCCAGACCGGUUUCGGAUCACCACAAGUUCCGGUUGCCGAGCUGCUAGCAAGGCCCGCUCCGACGCUCCUAUCUCCGCAAAAUCAGCGGCCCAAGAGUAGCAACUUCCUACAGGUGCCGGACAUCGAAUCACCACGACCGAAAAGUGUUCCCUCGUCACCGAUGGUGAAGCGAGCCUUCUCCCGUCUCGGCACAAUCACCGCCGGUUGGGGUCGAUCGAUUCGCAAGCAGCAGUCCCAGCUCAACGCCGAAGACAAAAAGAAAUGGGCCUCCUCGCAGGACUGUUCAGAUAAGGAUGGCAAAGAGAGUAGUUCCAAGAACAAAGCCAACGCCAAUCAGCUGGCCGUCCCAAGGCUGUCCGUGUGUGCCGACGCGCAGAAGGUGGACCGAGCGAAGCUGGCACAAACCGAGUUUACCAUUAUUGAAUUCGACCCGGAAACGUUCCGUGUGUUACUGGAUUACUUACAUACCGGCAGUUGUCCGUUGACGUGCAUAUCAAUCCCAGGUCUCAUCUGUGCUGCAGAACACUACGACCUUCCUGAGCUACUGCAAGCCUGUUUCCAUCACGCAAAACAGUUCCUACGGAUAGACGUGGUCUGUCCGAUGUUGACCUCACUGGAGAAUUACUACUGGAGAUACACGUCCGCUUCCGAGCUGGUCAACAUGAUCCUGGCGUUCGUUGAAACCCGGGCGUACGCCUUAUUUCAAACGUCGGAUUUCCUCACCCUCAGUGAGAGUAUGGUGCAGAUGAUCAUGUGCCGCAACCUGGAGAUACCCGAAGUGCGCAAAUUCGAAGCAAUGCUCGCGUGGGCCAAGCAGAAGGUGAAAUCGAAAGCGUCAGCCAAAACGGACGCCAAAGUGGAGUUCCGCUGUAUUAUGGAGCGGUUGGCACGCGAUCUGAAAUUGCACCGUAUUUCACCGCAAGAACUGAUCAAGAUCGUCCUCCCGUCGAAGGCGAUCAAGAACGAGCGCAUCCUGGAAACGUUGAUGUAUCAGGCGAACAGUGGCAUGUAUCGAAUUCAGGACAGUUAUCUGGAAGCGUGUCAACAGCGACUACAGAAGCAGGACAGCCGGUAUAGCGAGUGGGGUGAGAGCUUCGACUGUGGUUUAUAGGAUGAAGAUCAGCUGUAGGGGAACAGAUGAUUUUCCUUGUGCUCCUGCCGCCUCCACCGCCACUGCUGCCACACCAAUACCAAUACAUCACUCUACCGGAUUCCAUCGCCAGGAUGUGCCGCCUCCUCCAACAAUUCACUAACAAAUGGACUUUAUUGUUAUGUGUUCUAGAGAUUCUAUAGUGAAAUGUUAGAUUCUUCCGUUGGAUUGUGAAAAUAAUGGUUUUUUUCACAAAGUGAGGUUAGCAACAAAGUGUUGAAUCGUUUCCGUGAGACUACGUUGUAAGUUUAGGUCGAAUCUUUAUACAAGAGAGCUUUUAUGUCCGUUGAAUUUUUCCGUUCGUAUAAGAGCAACAAAACAAAACUUCUACAUGGCUGUUGACUAUAUAUAGUAGAGAACCAUUUACUAGUGAAAAUAUAAGCUUAUAUAUAUUCCGGACGGUGAACAUUGACAGAACAUAGAAACCGUUUCAAUCACAUCUGAGAAAAAUGUGCAAUCUCUGUCUUUUGGCAGGUGUAGAUAACAUGCUAACUGUUCGAGUGCUAGUGAAAUUUUUCGUUUCUAUUGCCGCCAGUUGUAGGGGUUCAUAUCUCAAAACCUCUUGAGAUAUGCUGCUCUCCUAUAGAUCAUUUAAUUUUCAUUUCAUCAGAAGACAACUGAAUCACGCACGAAAUACAAUCUAAAACAUCAAUCAACUACCUGCGAAUGAACACAAACAACUUUGGCUACUGUCUGUGCGAUGUCGCCAGUGAUGCCAACACUCAAUCAGUAGCGUGAUAGCAUCAAAAUCCUACAAGGAAAAAAAAAACAAACAUUGAAUACAAAGGUUUCUUUCCCUUGUGAAUACAGAUCAUUUGGUCUGACCUUGAAAAUGCGAUCGGAGAUUCCUCCCAAAAAUGUAGAUAAAGUGCAUUUUCAACACAUCGGUGUGCAUUCAUGUUCCGAAAUAGUUCAAAUUAUUUCCCAUCAGUCCGAAUGACAACACAAAUUGGUUAUAUCAUAAAAAAACUAAUUUCGUUUGCAAAAAGAAAUGUUCGCCAAGCGCAUUACUCGAGGCUCGACUGCCGUUCAUUUUCUAUUGAGAAUAUCGAGCGAAUAUCCCAAUCUAGACUAGGCCAUCGUAGCGAAUAAAAUAUAAAAAAAAAACUAAAGAAAAAAACCAAUGCAAAUCGUGAAGGAACUGAAUAUUUUAUAUGUAAAUUUAUAAACAGAGUUGGUGCGUGGGCGGUUAUAGAGAAGAAACAUCCAAAUUUGAACAAUCGGAUGGCAAUGAGUAGGAGAAGUGUAACGUAAACAACAACAGCAAGCAGAAUUAGCGAAGAUGUAACAAUAAAACCGACGGACACACCGUGAAUUGUCAGUGUAUAGUGUAAAUAUAUCGUGCAGCCAAAGAUGCGAAACAAACGCAAGGAGAGAUGAAACUAUAUAUGAUAAUUAUUAGAUGUUUAUAUAUUGAUGAGGAUUCGUGGAUGGAUAUAUACAUAUACAUAUUAAAACACAAAGAAAUUGAUGGAUGAUGCAGUGA